UUUAGACCGCACUUGUUUCUUUUUCUGACAACCUUAUUCUGGCGCUUCCAGAGCAUUAGGGGCGCACCGCAGACUCGGGGAAGCUUUCUCAUUUGAACAUACGUCAUGAUACAGGAAGUAAACAAACCAGACGACGGAGUUGUCAUCAAGACGCUCACGAGACCUCCCAUUGAGUGCCAUGACAGGUCGUGCAGAUGCGAUUUUGCUCUGGCAUGCAUGAUCUCCACUUCUCUUCCUGAGGGUGUCGAGCCAGAGAGCAACCCCCACAGUGCCAUGGCUGAGGUGUUGGGACAGAGAAGCUUGUUGGGCUUUGGUGUGGUGUUGGCAUGGCUGGUGCUGUUCCACCUGCUGGUCAACAUCUGGCUGCUCUGCGUUUUUACCAGCCUGCUAGUCGUGCUCGGUGGCUGGCUGGGCUCUCAGGUUGUCCUGGAGUCCAACAGUGUGGUUCACCUGGAGAGGUUUGUCACCAUGGAACAAGUCCCACCGUCUGUGGAGGAUGAGCAUCUCUUGGACCAGGAGAUCCACAACACAGUGAGGAAAAUCAUCAGGGACUUUGUCACUUCCUGGUACUCCACUGUGUCUUCUGAGAGUGGUUUUGAAACGGAGGUUCAACAGGCCAUGAUCUCUAUGGCCAUGGAGCUGAAAAUACGUGCAAGACAGGUCAACAGGAAGGAGCUGACCCAGAGGAUCCUGGAUCUGUUUGGCAGCCACCUCCAGGACUACAUCAGUGCCAAAGAGAUGGUGGCCAAGCAGCAAACGCCUCUGACAGCAAAGCGGGGCAGUGAGAGCGAGCAGUUGUGGGAAGCAUAUUCCAGGGUUACCACGCCUCAUCUUGCCCUGACCAGUGACACAGUGAAAAUAAACUACACCAGAGCAGUUGUAGAUCUGUUGCUGCAUGUUUUGGUGCCUUCGCCUCACUUGGAGACCUGCUCCGGACGGUUCGUUGUCGGAGAGCUCAUCACCUGCAACGUUCUGCUCCCUCUCAUUGCUAAACUGUCUGACCCUGACUGGUUAAACAGUCUCGUAAUCGAAAUAUUCAGCAAGUCCAGCAAACCACAGGAGCCAAUUACAACAGAGCCACUGACUUCAUCACCCCCACUACCACAGCCACCUGCUCAAUCAGAGGUCUCUCCACUAAAUGUGACAGCCCGUGUAUCUCAUAUGAAUAAUGAAGUUCCACUAAGAGCUGACACUGAAAUGGUCAAUGACAGAGAGACAGCCACGCCUGAGCUCGCGGCCUACGAUCUGGUUGACACAGAUGAGGUGGACUGUCAGCAGAACAACACUGAAGAAGAAGAACCCUUUUUAAGGCAUUACAUGACAGGAAGCAAGUCAAACCCAUUUUACGAGGAAAACGACUCUGACCUGGAUUCUCCUUUGGCUGAAUAUAAACAAAGUUCCAUUGAUUCCCUGGUCAUGAUAGGCCAAGAGGAGGGCCUGUAUGACAGACGCAAAGAAUGUGCCACGUCUGUUGAGAAGAAUAAUGGUGUGAUCCUGGAGGAUGUUUGCCCCAGCCCAAUGAACGGCUCCUGCCCUAAAGUCCUGGUAAAUUCAGAACCGGUAGAGCUUCCUAAUGGCUGCGGCCAUUCAUCAGUUAGGACAGCAGAGGGGACUCCUAGUAUCGGUAGCCGCCAGCACCUGGAGAGGGAGGGUGCUUCCCCUUCAGUAAACCCAGCCAGAGAGCUCCUUCUGGGUGUAGAACAGACGAUGCUAGGGAGUGUGCUGACUGAAGUCAGUCCAUUGCAGGGCUGUUCUCCCAUGCCGUCGUUCAGUUUUGAGCCCCUCAGCAGCCCUGAUGGACCAGUCAUCAUCCAGAACCUCCGCAUCACUGGCACCAUCACAGCUAAGGAACACCGCGGCACCGGCUCACACCCUUACACUCUUUACACUAUCAAAUAUGAGACAGCAAUGUGCUGUGAGAACCCAGGAAGCGCCCAGCCAGGCUCUGAGGAUGCUGAAGUUGUACCGUCAGGCUGUGAGACUCCGUCACCCAUUCAGCCAGUAGCCUAUCACAUGGUCAACAGACGAUACAGUGAGUUCCUCAACCUGCAAACACGGCUGGAAGAAAAAACGGAACUGCGGAAGCUCAUCAAAGGUGUGAAAGGUCCAAAGAAAGUAUUUCCAGACAUGCCAUUUGGAAACAUGGACAGUGAGAAGAUAGAGGCCAGGAAAGGACUUCUGGAGACCUUUCUAAAGCAACUCUGUGCCAUCUCUGAAAUAGCCAACAGUGAAGAGAUGCAGGAGUUUCUGGCUCUCAAUACAGACGCCAGGAUUGCAUUUGUCAAGAAACCUUUUAUUGUCUCGCGCAUAGACAAGAUUGUGGUGAAUGCCAUUGUGGACACCCUGAAGACAGCGUUUCCUCGUUCAGAACCCCAAAGCCCAACAGAAGACAAUGAUGGAGAGGUGGAUGGAGGGAAAAUCAUUUCUGACAAGAAGAGCAAGUGUCGUCUGAAGUUCUCCAGUAAAAGCAUCCCCUUUAUGAACGGCUCAGACAUCAGACCAGCGGUUUUGUUCAGUCUGGAGCAAACUAGCACGGUGUUUAAUGGGAUGUCUUUGGGAGAUUUGCAAGCCUUUAUCACCGAACAAGAACAACUGGCCUUCAGAUCCGAGCCAGAGAGGAAGGACAGUCCAGUUGUUAGACAAUUCGGAGACUAUCUGGAUGACCGCUCGAGAGGAAAGCACAGUAAGGAACCUGCGUCUGAGAUGGCGCUGGCUGAGGUGGCUCUGAACAUCCUGUGUCUGCUGAUGGAGAAGCAGUGGAGCUGGCUGUGCACUGAAAACAUGCAGAGGACCAUCAGGCUGCUGUUUGGGACUCUUAUUAACAGAGUAAAAGAUCAUGACAACUAAAACAAGAUAGCUUCAAGAAGCGUAACCAGAAGAUUACUUUUCAAUUUCCACUUUUCCAACACCUUUCUGUAUAACACAAAAUACCUCAAAAACAAAUAACUUUAUUAGAAGUGCCAUUACAUUUUGCAUCCUCUGUUGGCAUGGUAAUGCUAAUGUUAUCCAGAAGAACUAGCUCUUGAAAACCAAGCAUAUUGCCAGCAAAAUAACAGGUGUUAAGCAAGAAAUUCAGGCCUUUUCAUCAGGCCGACGUCUUGGGGCCCCUGUUGCAAAAGUAACAGAGCAGGAAUUUCUUUAUCCCAUCAGCCAUCGCACUUUAUACCACACAUGUAUGAGUUACAGCACUGUGGGUCAAUUCAUGUUGAUGCUCUGGCAACGCGGGUCUUGCACAUCAAACUCUUAAAUACUCUCAGCAGGACUUUUGCUCUCCCACAAUCAACAGCAGGCUCACAUGUUCCAUUAAAAUGCCUGCAACCUUUUCUAGUUUAGUUAGUUUGUCCUUCUUUGAAGAAAAUGAAAGAAAUGCAUUUAACAUAGUAGCAUAUUUAACUGUUUAUUAUUUAUUUUAGUUAAAUAUGCGUCUGUAAAUCUGCAGAGCGCCUGUUGGGUUGUAUUCUGACUGAUUGAGAAUGGGCCUAUAUCAUUUAUCUUAAUAUUGAUAUGAUAUAUCAUGGUCACAACAUAUAAGCAUCUGUGGACAAAAUGUAUAUGCUUGAAUGAGGUAGCUCAGAUGUUUCCCCCUGUAGCGCUUUCGGCAGGAUUCCCAGGCGCACAUAGAGCGCACUUUUUUUCACUCCAGAGGGAGGCAUCCAAGAGGCAUUCUAAUCAGAUGCGCAAACUAUCUUACAGUAACUGUCCUUUCAGCGUGAAAGAGCAGUGGUUCUACUUUGAGCUCCAUACAGUGUCAGUAUGCUAAUAUGAACUAGCUUGUACAACGUGUCAUCUGUCAAUGUCUCAAGGCAAAAGUCUUUAUGUCUGUGGGUUGAAAGCCUGCCAUCAUAGAGAGGCAAGACGUGAUGUUCCUUUGAAAAGGGGGAUAAUGGCAUAUGUUUUAGCGUUGAAGGUAUUCAUAGUGUUGCAAAAGAGAUGUUGUUGUGUAAAAGAUUAAAAAAAGAGAACUUCACCUGCACAUCUUGGCGAUCGCCCAUCGGCCGCCCUGUCUGUCUUACCCUCUCUUGUGACUCUUACAUACUGAAACUCCAACGCACUUGGAACCUGAACUGAGUAACCCACCACAUUUCAUUUUAAUUUAUUGUUAUUCUUAUUUACAAGGAUGUUUACUCAAGAAAUAUUACAAAAACAAAACUGCACUUAGAUUCUGGACAUGUUCGACAAGCUUCAUUUAUCCAUGGGGGAGGUUUUGCUGGCAUGGCGUUCUCACUUUUUUCAUCACUGUUUAUAGUCGCACAGUUGAUAUAUUCACACUGGGAGUUUCUCAUUACACCCACAGCUUUCUACUGCUGGUACCUAGAAAGUGCAAGUAACAUCUUAUGAUUUGGCUGCAGAUUAGUGCCUUGCUCAAUUGUAUAUUUUUAGGAGUUGUUGACAGAACAUGGGGGAGGCGAUCGUUUCCAUUCACUUUCCUCAUCCUUUAUGACUUAACCUUUUAAAACAACCUGAUCAUGACCGUGCUGCUGGUACUGCCAAAGCAAUGCAAAUCAUUUUUCUCUCCCUUCAGCAAUUGCUGCCUCUGGGACGCUCUGCUUUUUUAAAGUGCUUUUACAAGGUUUUCUACAGCAAAGUAGUGACGGAAACUUCUACACAGGAGAGGCAGAUCUGUAGACUCAGCCAGGUCAGGGCAUGAAGACAUAUGGUUCCCAGUGGAGAUUCCACAGAGAGGGCUGUUAAUGGGCUGGAGAUGGGACUCUGGCUUGCGUACGUUAAUUGAGAGAGUUGAUAUUUUAGAUAUAUUAUAAUAUUUAAAUAUUUUAGAAGGGGUCCCUAUGAGCCUUUGCAGUUCUCCGUGUUUUACAGAAUUAGGGGUAUCACUUGCAAUGCAGUGUGUCUAUUAAUGGCUUAACAGUGAAGAAAUAUCUUCUUGAUCUGAUUAGGAAAAAUUCCUCUCGCUUUUUCAAUAGUAUCUUUUCACUGUUCCAUAUGUGCAUACAAGCAUGCCUGCACUAUUUGGCCCUGAAGAGAAUGCCUGACAUAAACUCCCCAAACAUUUGUCGCAGAUAGCUAUAGCUCAUGCCGCCAGUAAACCGAACAUGCAGACAAUGUUCUCAGGUUCUAGUGUUUGUGCUGUUUGUGCUGUGACCUCACGUUCCCUGGGGUGUCAGUACCAGAAUAUCGUUUCUUCAUUUUGAAACUGGGCCUUCUAUUUUAAGAAGUUCCACAAGCCAAGUAUGAAAGACCUUGUGCUUUUGUUUGGCCUUGGUCUAUAACAGGCAGCAGUCUGUCUACAUUGCAGUGACAGCUCUUAGUGUGGCAGGUAUCUCCUCUCAUCAACCAGUUUCUCUGUACAGAGGAGACGAGAUGCUCUGGCUGCGAACUGCUGAUGAUAGAAACACCACAUAUAAAAGUGUGUAACGAAGAUAGCUCUGUUCAUGUAUAAUUUUUCAACAGCUAAAAACAAAUGCAAAGUGUUAUAUAGACAAUAAAACAGCAAUGAAUGAAACCUGAGUAGAUGUACAAUAAAAAAAUUCAAAGCAUGUAUUAAAGUGUGAAAUAAAAGUAAAAUGCAAAAAUAAAACAGCAGUAGCUUACAUAAAAAAUAAAAUUAUAUAAAAGCCUAAUAUAAAAGACACUCUACAAAAGGAAAAAGUGAUUGAAGAAUGAUUGUUAGCAUAUGUCGGGGUGUUUUAACGCGUCUGGGCCACAACCUUGGGGCUUUAGCCAGGAUUUACUGAUGGUUACCAGAAUCAUGCCGAAGUAUUUUGGGUUGCACUCCAUCUCAUUAAGAGAUACUUAAAACAAAGAUGGAGCAGUUUUAGUGUCCAUUCCUAGCCAAGCCUUGAAGCUCUGCUGAACAGUAUUUUUAGCCAUGCUAGCAGCCUGGCUUAAGGGCAAAAGUUUAAUUUGUCUGAGAUUUUGGUUUCUGAAUGCCAUUGCCGUCACACAAACUAAGAUGGCAGCCAUGGUAAACGUAUACCUGCUAAACAUCAACAUGCUCACAUUGUUAGCAUGCUGACAUUAGCAUUUUGCUCAGAGCACAACUGUGCCUACAUACAGCCUCACAGAGCAACAAUCGUCAUGUGAUUCAGUUUAAAUAUUAAAAUUGAAUCAGAUGACUCUGAAAAGUGAAACUACUGCGAGUUUUGCCAAGCUAUCAUAGAAUUAACACUGAUUUCUGCAGCUUUAUGCAGCUUUAAGCCAGCUUUAAGCCACUUGUUAGCUUAUUGUUCUGGUUUUCCAACUCUGACUGCCGGUUGGGUGAAUAGCCAGUUGUUUGCUAACUUAUUAGCUAUAACAAUGUGCUAACCUGAUGUUGUUUCAGGGCUGUGUUUCUGUGAUGUGUUCAGUAGUUGUUUUGCUCCUGAAUGAGCAUAGGUCACCUAUUGCUUAUUUAAAAGAAAUGUGUAAAAUUUAACAAUCUGAAACAAAAUAUAUAUUCAGAUUUUACUUCAACUGGAGUAUUUAAUAUGAUAAUACCAUUACUGUGAAAAACAUUUGUUUCUGAGUGGCUGGCAGAUGCUCUUUAAAAUCAGGUAGCAGAACUCCACACACAUAUUUACAUCAACAGCUGAACCACCACUUCAUAUCAGCACACAAACCAUAUUGAGCUACAGGUAACCUUAGGAACAACACCGAUGCUUCACAUUGUCACAGCAGUUGGUGAAAGCAACAACAAUAAUAAAAACUGAGAACUGACUUGAAGCUCAGCCACCUUUUUUUGAUAUAUGAUCAAAAUUAUAAUGAUAUUAGCUCGACGAGACAGUCUGAGGUUUUGUAUGCAGAAACUAAUGAACUCUGCUCCUCAUUGCUCAUUAUUGCUCACUACUGGUUACUGAAAUGUAUACCUCCCAUAUUUUUUAAGACAUAUUCAGUGCGGAGGAGAAAUAUACAGACCAUAAUGAUCUUAACAAAUAGCCACAGAAGUGCAGUUAAGUAUUAGCUGAACCUGCCUUGUAAUAUAUAUAAAUUCAGUUUGUUUUGAUUUUGGUCAGUUAAUCUUAGUAAUAAAUUGAUCCACAAAUUAGUCUUAAACUGCCAUUUAGAUAUUUUUUUGUGGGACUGACAGGUUAUGUCAAGUGCUGUGAAGGUUUUUUAUAUAAUCUGACAGCUGUUUAGUGGGAGGCAAAAAGAAGCUGCAGGCUGCAGAAACCUUAUCCGUGCCGGUCUACGACUGUAGUGGAUGCACGUCUGUUAGAACUGAAUUUGGAAUUGCGAGUGGAUACAGAAAGUGUGUGUUUGUGUAUGGGAGAUGAAACCCGGACCCAACAGGACAAAUCUGGUUCUCUCUCUCUCUCUCUCUCUCUCUCUCUCUCUCUCUCUCUCUCUCUCUGAGUGUGUGAGAGGUCUGGAAGGAAAAGCCAGCUCUCUGCUCCUAUAAAUGGUGUCCAAGGCGAGGCUCUGGUUUGGGAGAUGUCUGAUUUUUAUGGACUGGAAAGUGGGACAGUUUAAGAUGAAUAUAGGCUCUUUUUCUUAGACAGCAGUCUGGGUGGAAAAUCCAGCUGGAGCCAGAUGGUUGACGGUGUCUAGAUAGUAUGGUAGAUGUAGCAGAGUGCAGCUACUUUAUGUUAUCAUCACAAGCAUUUGUAGGGAUACUCCAUGUUCUUUUAGGUUAAAUGUGUCUGUAAACACAACGCUUCCUUCAUUUUCCAAAUAAAAAGAUGAGAAAA